GGUGUACUGCAAUAUUUAGUUUAUAAAUCGCGUAAUACUAUAUGAAUAUAAUAAACCCGUGUAGUAUUUCGUAUUGUAAACAUACACCCACAUAAUAUUAUAUCGUAUAGCUUUGGACGCGUCGGGCGAUAAAGUGCACCCGAUUAUCGAGGGGCGGUCACCUUCGUGGGCACUCCGGACCAUGGAAAUCCGCGUAUCAUACGUCGCCGUAGUGUUCACCUGUUGCUGUGGCUGGCUGUCCAGCGUACGAGGCCACGCGAUUGACUUUAAAACCAUGCCCAUGACCCUACUGAAUGCCACCAAUUUCAUUAUGCGACACCAGAGGUAUUUGCUGCAAGACCACGAACGCGCGACUGACGUACAGGAAUCGAGUAACGAAGUGAACAUGAAUAUUGAUGAGAACGUAGACGGCUUUGUUAACAGCCCUUUAGUUUUAACUACUGAAGUGUGCAACCCGAGAAAAUGUCAAGCCGGUAAAAUGGAAGGAGUGUGUAUUAGCGGCGAAUCGUGUUUCAAACACGGUGGUCAGACCGGAAACCCUUGCAACGGAUCGAGUAAUCUGAUUUGUUGCACAUUUAUACUUACGUGCGGUGACGUCUCCAAUCAAAAAGUGACGUACCUGCAGUCUCCUGACAAUUUAAAAAUGGAUACGGGCAGUUUGGCAUGUGAUUAUGAUGUAAUGGUUCAAAAGGAUACGUGUGCCGUCCGUGUGGAUUAUGAAAAAGUGAAUCUCGCCAGCAAGAUAGGAGGAGUAUGUGACAUAGAUCAAGUUUACAUUUUGAAUUCCAACGAUGGACCGACGACGGGUCAGUGUGGAGCAUUGACUGGUUACAGCACUGUCGUUGCUGUGAAACCUAACCAAGAAAAACCUUUGAAAAUAGCAAUGGUUGUUCAGAGUGAACCGACCGAAUAUUGGCUGAUCAAAGUGUCACAAAUAGGUUGUUCCGAAAUAAAACCACUCAAAGAAUCACCCGACUGCGGUCUGAGGUCCGUCCGACAAAUGAACAACGACAACUUCGACGAUCAAUCACCGCACCUGACGCCGUCGUUAGAACCCGGACGUUGUGGCGGCAGAGGUGGCAGUGGCGGUACUAGUGACAAGGGUAUCAGUGGUGGCAAUGGCGUCAGUGGCAGCGACGGUGCCGGCAACGCUAUGAGUCAACGGCUUAAGCGUCGCUCUGCGGUCUAUGGCGGCGUGCACGACGUCCUACAACCGUGGCGAAUGAGCCGGUCUGGAGGUCACUUCGGGUCAGCUAGAGAACGGUUGCACACCGUGCGGCGCGAAGAAUUCAGGGACGGUGACAACCGGAGGAUUAUUGGCAGCGACGAGGCGGACAUUGGCGAGCACACCUGGCAAGUGGCCAUCGCCUUGGACGGGGUGUUCUUCUGCGGUGGUGCGUUGAUCGCCGAUCGAUUCGUCAUCACUGCUGCCCACUGUGUCAUGACACGUGACACGCCGAUGGACAACUUGAUGGUGCAUCUGGGCGACUACGAUUUGACUGCGGAAAACGAAACCGAACACCAAGCUCGGAAAGUGUCUCGCGUGCUGUUCCACUCUCAUUUCCAUCCGUUCUUAUUGGCUAACGAUAUAGCGCUGUUACAGCUCGAUCAGCCGGUCGCCGCUAGCGACACAGUCCGGCCCGUGUGUUUGCCGUUCACCGACGGCGAGUCGUAUGUGGGCCAAAAAGGCACUGUCGUGGGAUGGGGGAUCACUGCGUUCCCGGCGGGCGAUCCUAGCCCCACGUUGCAGAAACUCUCCGUGGAAGUCCUGUCAAACUUCCAGUGUUCCCGCGUCAUCGACGAUCAUGUAGGUCUAGGCAUGCUGUGCGCCGCUGCGCCAUCGUUGCAGGGGACGUGUUUCGGUGACAGCGGUGGCCCCCUGACCGUGGAACGGGACACCGGAAGAAACGUUUUGAUCGGCCUGGUGAGUUAUGGCGUGACGGGCUGCGCGGUCAAGCCCGCUUUUCCCGACUUGUACACCAGAAUAUCCGAGUACGCCAAAUGGAUUGACGUCAGCACCUCGUAGUAAUAAUAAUACUAAUGAAUAAUGAUAAUAAAGAUAAUUAUAAUGUAGUACACAGUCGUUGAGCACACAGUUUUAUACAUUUUAUAAUAUUAUAUUCAUAACGAUAAAAUGCCUGUUCGAUAGGUGGUGACAUGAUAACAAUAUUAUUAUAUUACCUCGACACAGACUAAGAACACACUGUAGUCACCAUGUCUAUGCAUAUUUUAUUUAUGAUAUUAUUAUUACAAUUCACGAGAACCUUUCAUAUUAUAUAUAAUAUAUGAACUAUAAUAUACCAGUCAUCGCUUGCGCCGUCCUUUGCCCUAUAUGUAUAAUGUAUAUUGUAUGAUUUAUUAUUUCUACCCAGACGUGCACAUGUGCCGCCGCGAUCUCGACGGCAGAAAUAAUUUGAUUAUUAGCAUUAUUAUUAUUAUUAUUAUUAUUUUUGAUCCUGAUUUCAAAAACAGACGUAACAAUAAAUAUCGUAUUAUGCUUGUGCUUAAAUUAAAAUAACACACAAGUUCCUAAUCCUAAUGGCCAGUGAGAAAUACCUCAUCACCAGUUGCAAUGUACAACUUGCACCACUUGCGGUGUUAAUCUAAUAGUAAAAUACAUAACAACAAAAUGCUAACCAAUUCAUCAACGACCAAAAAAAAUAUAACGUUCCACCCAACAUGAACGAACCAUUAGGUUCCAACACAAUGAACGGCUGCAUACAAACUGAGUCCCAAUAAAACCUUCGAGUCCCCGAUUGUUUUAAGGUAUGUACUGAUUGAGUCUGUGUUUUCAUACUAACCGAGUCUCGUUUAACUUUAAAAAAAUAUCUU